CUAAGCCAGCCAGAAAAAGUGUUGCUUAUUUUCGAUGGUCUUGAUGAAUUUGGAAAGAAAGAAAACAUUGUUAAAGAAGAAGAAUUUGGGAGCAAUCUUGCAGAGACAAUUCCAUUCUCUGCAUUGUAUUCCAAGUUAACACUAGGAAAACUCUUUAAAGGAGCUACAGUUGUUACUACCUCAAGACCAACUGCUCUUUCUUAUGUAACAUUUCCAAACAAACCGUUUGACCGAACUUUGGAAAUUCUGGGAUUCAAUUCAGAGCAAAUAGAAAAUUUCGUUGAAAGGUUCUGUCAAGACUUUAGAAAACAGAAAAUAUGGAAUCACAUCAGAAGCAAUGCAAAUCUUUUGUCUUUGUGCUACAUUCCUGUAAAUUGUCACAUUGUGUGCUAUUCGUUACAAGAACGACUAAAACGAGAUGAAGACAACGGUGUCGAUUAUUUGCCAACUACACUCACUGAAAUUUACGAAGAUGCAUUAGUGCUUAUUGUCUGCAAACACAACUCACAAUAUAGUGGCAGUCCUCCUGAACAAGAAAGUUUGUUAUCCUCACGUGACUUCAAUCCUGCAGUAGAAGAGUCUUUGAAAAGUCUCGGGAAAAUAGCUUAUAAAGGAAUUGAAGAGGAUAGGCUGAUUUUCGAAUCAAAUGAAGUCGAGACACAUGAAGAAAGUGGUCUGCUUCAUCGGCUGCCCAGCCAACAAGUUGGUGGUAUCCAAAAGAAAAAACAGUACUGCUUCCUUCACUUAACGAUUCAAGAGCUUCUGGCUGCAAGAUACAUCGUAAAGGGAAAAAGUUUGAACGAACUGCAAAGCUGGAUUGUUAAACAUCUGCGUGAAUGCAAGUGGGAAGUAGUGAUGCAGUUUGUUGCUGGGUUGGUUCAUCAUGAAGAACAUAUGAACUCUAUAGUAAGGAUUUUUAUUACAAGUUUACCUCCGCAAACGUCUGGUGAAGAAAGCUGGCCAUUAUAUGCACAAAAGGAGCUAGUGAUCAGAGUUUUCAAGUGUAUAUUUGAGAUUUCACGAAACAAAAAAAACGAAUGGUUCAAAUGUUUGGUUGCAGACAGUUUGAGUGGUGUAGCAAACGUAGACAUGAGUAACGCGUCAUUAACUGAUGGAGAUAUGACAACAAUAGUGUUCGUUUUACAAGAGUUAAAGAGUAUUGUAGGUGUAGAUGUAAGUAACAACCACAUUACAUCUGUUGGAUGUCGGGAGAUGUGUAAGCUACUGAAGAUGUUAGGGUCUUCUGAUGCAAAUGAAUGCAAACUAACCACGUUGAACAUCAUUGGCAACCACAUAGGUGAUGAUGGAUUAGAACACUUGUCUGGUGCACUCACUACAAAUGAGUGCAAACUAACCACGUUGAGCAUCAGUUGGAACCAAAUAAGUGAUAAUGGAUUGAAGAACUUGUCUAUUGCACUCACUAGAAAUGAAUGCAAAUUAACCAAGUUGUCCAUCAGCUGGAACCACAUAGGUGAUGAUGGAUUAGAGAGCUUGUCUAAUGCACUCGCUACAAAUGAGUGCAAACUAACCAAGUUGGACAUCAGUUACAACCAAAUAAAUGAUAAUGGAUUGAAGAACUUGUCUAAUGCACUCGCUACAAAUGAGUGCAAACUAACCACGUUGAAGAUCAGUGGGAACCAAAUAGGUGAUGAUGGAUUGAAGCACUUGUCUGAUGCACUCGCUACAAAUGAGUGCAAACUAACCACGUUGAAGAUCAGUGACAACCAAAUAAGUGAUGAUGGAUUAAAGCACUUGUCUGAUGCACUUGCUACAAAUGAGUGCAAACUAACCGCGUUGGUCAUCAGUUACAACCAAAUAAGUGAUGAUGGAUCAAAACACUUGUCUGAUGCACUCGCUACAAAUGAGUGCAAACUAACCAUGUUGGACAUCAGUUACAACCAAAUAAGUGAUGAUGGAUUGAAGGACUUGUCUGAUGCACUCGCUACAAAUGAGUGCAAACUAACCCCGUUAAGCAUCAUUGAUGUUCAGUGAUGAUGGAUUAGAACACUUGUGUCAUGCAUCGCUACAAAUGAUCUGAAACUGAAUUUGUUAAAAUGAUGCAACUAUGCGACAAUAGGGAUCUACAUCAUAAACAGCAGAAGUCUAGAACAAAAAGCAGCUCUCAAGCUUGUUCCCAAUUUUUAGUUUAUUUAUAAUAAAACUAUAAGAAAAACUGUGACUGUGAACGAAACCCUGGAAAAGAAACAAACCAACCAAAGAGAGACAAAUGAAUAAGUAUCAUUUAUUACUUUUCCAUGAUGAAUAAUAUUUUUCAUUCUAUAAAACAACCAAAGUUUAGUUGAAAGUAACCGCUCAAGGCGCGAUUUCACGGAGCAAUUGCGAUGAAUCAGCGACACAAGUUGCUUGAGUGUUUACACGGUGCAACGGAGACGCAAACAAUUGCUGCAAGUUAUCUCACAGCAUUUAAAAAAAAUUGCGCUGUAGUUUACACGCUGCAAUGCUCCAUGUAACUUGUUCCGGAACGCCGUUGCGAGAAGAAGUUGCAAAGAAAAUUGCUCCGUGUAAUCGCGCCUUUAACCAACUGUUUUUCAAGCGUGUAUUAAGCCAGGAGGUAAUUAAGAUUCCAAAAUGUCUUGGGUUUGAAAAAACAAUCGUUUUGGUCAACAUGCGCAUGCUCAUGACGUCACCUAUAUGCUAAUGUUAGAUUUAUAGACACGGGCUCUGUA